GUUUGGCAACUGGGCGUGUGAAGCCUCUCACCGAGGGUUUAGUGGCGUCCUCCUCUUUGGGCAUGGCCCUGUGCAAGGAGCCGUGAACACUCCUAGGUGUUCCAGGGACAGGCAGAGGGCUGAGUCUGUGCCAGAGAUGAAUCCUGCCAAGCAAUGAAGCCAGCUGGGGGGUCGCAGGACCAGGACCCGGCUCACAUAUUUGGAGGACCUUCUGCACCUUGUCCUGGGUCUACGGCCUCUUUCCAAGCUGUGAGACUGCCUCCUGGCAGAAUUGAACAGGUCCAGACGGUGGCUGUCUGAACCACCCGUGGGUGCCCAGGCCAACCCAGUAGAGACGGCCACGUUCCAGGCUCUGGGUUGGCAGAGAAGCUGACAGCAAGUUCCCACAGGGAUUGGCAGGCCCGGCUGAGGCAAGCAGGCUCUGAACGGUGGUUCCUCCCCCCUGUGGGAGGCCGGAGGCUGAGGCAAUGGAAGAGCAGGUGUUCAAGGGGGACCCAGACACCCCUCAUUCCAUCUCCUUCUCGGGCAGUGGAUUCCUCUCCUACUACCAGGCUGGGGCUGUGGAUGCUCUUCGGGAUCUGGCGCCUCGGAUGCUGGACACAGCCCAUCGCUUCGCAGGGACGUCAGCGGGUGCUGUGAUUGCCGCCCUGGUCAUCUGCGGGAUCGAGAUGGAAGAGUACCUCCGAGUCCUGAACGUGGGUCUGGCCGAGGUGAAGAAAUCCUUCCUGGGGCCCUUGUCCCCAUCCUGCAAGAUGGUGCGGAUGAUGAGGCAGUUUCUGUACCAAGUCCUGCCCGAAGACUCUUACAAGUUCGCCACCGGGAAGCUGCACGUGGGCCUCACCCGCUUCACGGACGGAGAGAGCGUGGUGGUCUCGGAGUACACAUCCAAGGAAGAGCUCAUCGAGGCCCUGUACUGCAGCUGCUUCGUUCCUGUGUACUGCGGCUUCAUCCCCCCGACCUACCGCGGUGUGAGGUACAUCGACGGGGGCUUCACGGGCAUGCAGCCCUGCUCCUUCUGGACAGACUCCAUCACCAUCUCCACCUUCAGCGGACAGCAGGACAUCUGUCCCCGGGACUGCCCCGCCAUCUUCCACGACUUCCGCAUGUUCAACUGCUCCUUCCAGUUCUCCCUGGAGAACAUCACCCGGAUGACCCACGCGCUGUUCCCCCCGGACCUGGUGAUCCUGCAGGAUUACUAUUACCGAGGCUACGAGGAUACAGUUAUGUAUUUGAGGAGGCUGAAUGCCGCCUACCUGAAUUCGCCCUCCAGGAGAGUGAUGUUCCCCCGGGUGGAAGUGUACUGCCAGAUAGAACUCGCCCUUGGCCAUGAGUGCCCCGAGCGCAGCCAGCCAAGCCUGCCACCACGGCGGGAGGAACCCGCACAGCUUCGCACAGAGUGGGCUCCCGAGGGGGACGUCAGGGAUGGCCAUCCGCCUGUGACCCCAGCCAUGCGGACUCCCGAAUCCACGUGCGAGUGCCCUGUGGAGUCACCUGCCCCUUCAUUCAAGCAGCCACCUGCCCCACCACAGACCUCAUCGCUGCCACUCUCUCCAAGUGACUUGCUACCAGUGCCACCAGCAUCGGGUUCAACUGGGCACUUAUCACCAGGCCCAAGGCCCGACCCAUCACUGCCCUUUGCACCACCUGGCCUGUCACCUGUGUCACCUGAGCAGCAGAUACCACCAUCUAGACUGCCACUCAGCUCACCACCCUCCCAGGAAUGCACGUCACCCAGGCCACCCCUGGGGCCGUCAGCUGUGGGAGCAUCUCAGACAUCACCCCGAGGUUCUCCUUCAGCAUCCCCUGCACAGCCACCGGUGGAGGAACUGGGCCCAGAACAGCCCCCAGCUCCCCUCGCCUCUUCAAAUCCAAAAAGUGCCGCAGCUCGGGUCCAUGUGAAGGAAACCACCGGCCAGCCUCGCGUGACGGAGAGCCCAGGUGAGGAUGCAAACUGGGUGAAGAAGGUAUUCAAGAAGAACAAACCAAAACCAAGCAGCACCCGAAAAGGCUUCCCGAGGCAACCACGGGCCAAAAAACCAGGCAGCAAAGUGCAGUCUGCUCCCUGCCCACUCGACUUCUCUCUGCUCUCCAUGCCUGACAUAGUUUGGGUCACCUACAGGCCUCAUCCCAGUCGGAUCCAGGAAUACAGCUGCCCCGAGGUGUGGAAUUCCUCAGGGUAUUCCCCAAGGCCAGACCCUACCUGUCCUCCCCCAGGAUGCUGUAUUGACCCCCGAGUCUGUAAAUCCAGCUUCUACCCCUGACCUUCCCCUUCCUGGUCAAAGUCAAGGUCAACAUUAGUCUAUAUAGAACCUCCUGCACCAAGAAAAUAGCACCCCCUCCUGGAGAACUUGACUGUCAGCAGUUGGAAUAUUGCUAUACUGAUUUUGUUAAAACAAGACACUUGAUGUCAAUUGCUAGAAAACUGUACAAAUAACAAAGACAUUUCUAUGUCUAUGAAUUCCCUACCUCCUUUGUAUGACACAGUGUACAACCUGCACAGUGUACAAUCUGCACAACUGUAUUCAGCUCUCUGGAAACCACUCCACCCCGACCUCUUCCUGAAAA